CACCUGUUAGGAGCUUUUCAGUUUUUUGCCAGACUUUCUAGGCAGAAAUAUGUUCCUGAGGUUUACAUAGUUGUGUUCUUUUUCAGAGCCUGCAGUUAGUUAACAGCUGGAAGCAGUUAAGAGCUAAAAGCCAACCAACAUAUACAGCUAAGAAUGACUACUUUUUAAAUCUUUUAUUGAGUUCACAAAAUUUCAGUAGUACAGUUAGAAAGUGAAAUCACUUUUUGAGCACAUGCAGCUGACAGGACAGUGACACAAAACAGGGGAUCUCCUACCAGCUAUGCUCAGACGUUUUUACAGCAAUGAAAAGUUAAAUUAAUUUCAUCAGUUUCAUUUUUGGGGUGAGCAUUUUGCUUUUUCCUAGUCUACCCCAACUAACCUGCAAAGUUUGAGUUUCACUCAAAGCAGAGCAUCUACUUGUCACUGGAAGCUUAUGGUGUAUAAGAACUAUCUUCAGAACCAUGAGGUUGGCACACAGAGAAAUAAGUGUCUGGAUUCUGCUUUUCUGUACAUUUGUUCUGAUACUUCACCAGGUUACAGUGGGACAUGCAGAAAUUUGUAGCAGUAUGGAUAUUCGAAAUGAUGCUUCUCAACUGAAGAAACUAGAAAACUGUACUGUCAUUGAAGGAAACCUACAAAUUCUCCUAAUGUUCACAAGCAAAAGUGAAGACUUCCAGGGCCUUACUUUCCCCAGACUGACAGUCAUCACAGAAUUCCUACUGCUUUUUCGUGUUUAUGGUUUGGAAAGUCUCCGUGACCUUUUCCCAAGACUAGCUGUCAUCCGUGGGAUGGAUCUUUUUUUCAGCUAUGCUUUGGUAAUCUUUGAGAUGCCUGAUCUACGUGAAAUUGGUCUCCACAGUCUGACAAACAUUCUUCGUGGUGCUGUACGUAUAGAGAAGAACCAGGAAUUAUGCCACCUCUCCACCAUUGACUGGUCUUUGGUGAUGGAGUCUGAUGAUCAGAACUACAUUGUGGGGAAUAAGCAGGUAGAAGAAUGUGGAGAUGUGUGUCCUGGUGUCUCUGAUCAAGAAGAGCCUUGCAUUAGGACCAGUGUUAAUGGUCGUUUGGAUCACCGAUGCUGGACAUUCAACCACUGUCAAAAAUUCUGCAGUUGCAAUGGAAAAGCCUGCAUGGACAAUGGGGAAUGUUGUCACUGGGAGUGCCUCGGAGGCUGUAUCCGGCCCAAUGACAACAGGGCAUGUGUGGCAUGCCGGAAUUACUACUAUAGCAAGCACUGCCUGUCAAACUGCCCUAAUGGUACAUACAGGUAUACGGGAUGGCGAUGUGUGACAGCAGAAUAUUGCGCAAGCCUACGUAAAGUUUCAGAUAACCCCCGCGAGACCUUGAAGUUUGUCAUUCACGAUGGAGAGUGUUUGUCAGAUUGUCCAUCUGGGUUUCAGAGGAAUGAGACCAGCCUUUCAUGUCUUAAGUGUGAAGGAUUAUGUCCGAAGACCUGCAAAGUAGGCUUCAAGGCAAUCGAGUCAGUUCAGUCAGCAAAAGAGCUGGCAGGAUGUACAACUGUGGAAGGAAGCCUUAUUCUCAAUAUCCGCAGAGGAGAGAACCUGACGUCAGAGUUACGGGCAAGUCUGGGACAGAUUGAGAUUGUCACUGGGUUCCUAAAGAUAAAGCAUUCUGUUGCACUGGUCAGCCUGAACUUCUUCACAAACCUACAGCUGAUUCGUGGAGACACAAUGGUGGAUGGGAAUUACACAUUGUAUGUUCUGGAUAACCCAAAUCUACAGCAGCUAUGGGACUGGAACACCAAGAAGAAGCUGUCAAUUUCCACAGGGAAGAUGUACUUUGCUUUCAACCCCAAACUCUGUUUAUUUGAGAUCUACCGGGCUGAGGAAGUAACUGGUACCAAGGGUCGCCAGAACACAGCUGAGAUAAACCAUCGCACAAAUGGUGACAGAGCAUCAUGUACAAAUAAGAGGCUUCGCUUCAUCUCCAAUGUCACCCACUCCAACAGAAUCUUUCUGAAGUGGGAACGCUAUCAGUCACCAGAUUACAGAGAUCUAAUUAGUUUUAUCGUCUACUACAAGGAAGCCCCAUUUCAGAAUGUCACAAGAUACCUUGGGCAAGAUACCUGUGGAGCCAAUAGCUGGAAUAUGGUGGAUGUUGACCAACCGUUAAAUCACCUUGACCCCUCAGUUGAAAUGAAGAAUCUCAAACCCUGGACCCAGUAUGCUGUGAUGGUACAAGCCCUUACUCUGACAACAGCUGAGGAGGGUCGUAGCCGUGGUGCCAAGAGUGAAGUGGUCUAUAUAAGAACAAAGCCUUUGGCACCUACAGUCCCCCUGGAUGUGACCGCUGUGCAUCUUGCAUCUUCCUCACAGCUGGUGGUGAGGUGGAAGCCACCAACACAUCGACAUGGGAACAUCACCUACUAUCUGGUUCGCUGGCAACAGCAAAUGGAAGAUUCUGAGCUUUACCUCAGUGAUUAUUGUCAAAAAAGCUUGCGGCUGCCCUUUGGCAAUGAGAAUGAGGAAUACAAUGAUACGGAUGAUAAGGAGAACAUGGACCAAGACUCAGAGGAGAGAUGCUGCCAGUGCCCAAAGACACAGGCACAGCUGGACAUGGAAGCCGAAGAACUUUCUUUCCAAAAGAAGUUUGAAAAUUUCCUCCAUAAUUCAAUUUUCAUACCAAGGACUCCAUGGAAAGUAACCUCUGUAGACAAAAACAUGCCAAGACAUUUGAAAAAACGAAGGGACGUACUGUAUGCAUCCAAUACAACAACUAUUGCAACCGUAAAUACUUCUUCAACAACUGAGCUCAGAAACCACACUGCAUUCAACCGUUCUGCUUCAGAUCCAAGGCCAGACACUGAUUUUCAGAUUUUUGAGGAAAAGUCACUUCGAGAGCGAAUUGUUCUUAAUAACUUGCAUCAUUUCACAGUGUACCGCAUUGAAGUCCAUGCUUGCAAUCAUGCAGCACUCACAGUUGGCUGCAGUGCAGCUACCUUUGUUGUUACCAGGACUAAGCCAGAACAAAAUGCUGAUAAUAUUCCUGACAAUGUAACUUGGCAGUUUACUGGGAAAAAUAACAUUUUGUUAAAAUGGGAAGAGCCAAAGAAACCUAAUGGUCUCAUUCUGAAGUAUGAAGUCAGGUAUAAACAAGAACAAGAGGAAAUCGCAACCCUAAAAUGUGUAUCUCGUCACACCUAUGAAACAUAUGGAGGCAUCCAGUUGCAGCACCUGAAGCCUGCUAACUACACAGCUAAAAUCCGUGCCAAAUCACUUGCAGGGAACGGUUCCUGGACAGCCCCUGUAUACUUCUACAUUCCAAGUCCAGAUGAUGAGCAACACAAAGACUUGCUAGAUCUCCUUGCAAUGAUGCCUAUUGCCCUUCUGGUCAUUAUUUUGUUCCUGGGUGUGUUUGUUUACUUCUACAGUAAGAAAAGGAACAGCUAUGGAUACCCGAGUGGUAACUGGUACACCUCAGUGAACCCUGAAUACUUCAGCACAUUUGAUAUGUAUAAACCAGAUGAAUGGGAAGUCCCACGAGAUGUGAUAAGCAUCAUUCGAGAGUUGGGCCAGGGCUCAUUUGGGAUGGUGUACGAGGGGACAGCAAGGGGCAUUGUCAAAGGAGAAGAAGAGACCAGAGUCGCCUUGAAGACUGUCAAUGAGUCAGCCAGCAAAAGAGAGAGGAUUGAAUUCCUGAAGGAAGCCUCUGUGAUGAAAGCAUUCAAUUGCCAUCAUGUGGUUCGUUUACUUGGAGUGGUGUCACAGGGACAGCCCACACUGGUCAUCAUGGAACUGAUGACAAGAGGAGAUUUAAAAAGCUUUCUGAGAUCCCUCAGAGAAGAUUCUGAUAACAAUCCUGGCCUUCCUGCACCCACACUGAAGGACAUGAUUCACAUGGCGGGAGAGAUUGCUGAUGGCAUGGCCUACCUCAAUGCCAAAAAAUUUGUCCACCGGGAUCUAGCAGCCCGCAACUGUAUGGUAUCCGAAGAUUUCACUGUAAAAAUAGGAGAUUUUGGUAUGACACGAGAUAUCUAUGAGACCGAUUAUUACAGGAAAGGUGGCAAAGGAUUACUUCCUGUUCGGUGGAUGGCCCCCGAAGCACUCAAAGAUGGUAUCUUCACAACUCAUGGUGAUGUUUGGUCAUUUGGAGUGGUGUUGUGGGAAGUAGCCACACUGGCUGAACAGCCUUACCAAGGCUUGUCCAAUGAACAGGUGCUACGCUUUGUGCUGAACAAUGGACUUCUUGAAAGGCCAGAAAACUGUCCAGAUAAACUCCAUGAACUAAUGCGCUGGUGUUGGCAACACAAUCCACGUCACAGACCUACUUUUCUACAGAUUAUUGACACCAUAAAGAGCAAAAUGCAUCCUAGCUUCAGAAAAGUAUCAUUUUUUUACAGUGCAGAGAGGAUGGGCCACGAAGUACCAGAAGCAGCCAUAGACUUGGACAGUGCCGAAAACUCCUUGCUGAACGAAUCUGAUUUCAGUGAUCUUGAAGUGCCUUGUAACACAGAGAAUGGGAAUGCUUUGACUCAUCCAGAAAAUUAUGACCAGAAUGAGAACUAUUCAUCUAUGAAAAGGAUAACCUCUAUUUUGUAGCCCUUAACCAGGGGCUUGACUAAAGCAAAUAAUGUUCUGAAACAUUCAAGGCUUAAACUGCUCUGUAAAUCUUGGAAUGAAUGACUUAAAACUGAGCAGCUUAAGGUGCUAUGAACAUAUGUUGUUAAAGUGCCUAUAUUUGUGUUCUGACAGUCACACAUCAGACCGUAUUGUAAUACUGUUAUUCCUCAGGAAGUGUCAUAGAGUGGGGUGGAACUUUUGGAGUUAGACCUCUUAGCAGUCCUGUUUUAUGACUGGAUGCAAACUUCCAUCAAUAACUCUACUAGUAUUGUAAGUGUCAUGUGAAUUGCUUUCAUAGGAAUCACUUUGACGUUAUGUUUAAAAAAGUGUGCUGCCUGCAAAACUGGGAACUAGUCCAAAGAAUUCAGAAAGUACUAUCUACAAGUUUGAAUGUUAAUGUCUAGUGGGAGAGAAAUGCUGUGUUGAGCAAAUUUAAUCCUGGAACCCUUAAGAGCUGUACAAUUUAUGAAUGCUAUACAGAGUUUUAAGAAAGAAGAUAUAUAUAUAUAUAUAUAUAUAUAUAUAUAUAUAUAUAUAUAUAUAUAUAUAUAUAUGAAAGUAUAUCAUUGACAACUAAGUGAAUAUUAAAGCAACGUCAGGUUCUGAUUUACUUAUUUUCUAAGCUAACAAGAAAAAAAAAAAAUGCUAUUGGCUAUGAUAAACCUCCUGAUUAGACAUGGAUUGUUGGUAAACACCUGGUCAUCUAAAUAAUCUUAUUUUCCUUAACCCAGACCUAGUCGCAGCCUUUUUAGGUGUGUAAGAAAUAUGUAUCAGGAGUUUAGAGCUCUUUCCAGAAGAUUUUCUCUUGCAACACAUUUUUUUUUGUUUUUUGUUAAAACUGUAAAAUGCAAUCAUAGCUUUGGCUUAUUACUCAUCUUUUCUAACCUAAAAACAGUCUGUGGUUAAAAAGUGCAGUCAGGAGUCUAAUGGUUUCCAGAGCCGCAGAGUGCAUUAAUACUGCCAAUGAAGUAAAAUGUCAUUUUUAAAAUAAAUAUUUACAUUUUUAAUUCUUA